AUGACAAAGAUCUUCCUUACCGGCGCUUCAGGGUACAUCGGCGGCGAUGUUCUCCAUGUACUGCUCGAGUCGCACCCAGAAUACCAAGUUCGAGCGUUGGUUAGAGAUGCCACCAAAGGCGCAGCCAUCACGAAAGAAUACAGCCAGGUACAGAUUGUCAACGGAGGAUUUGACGAUACAGACAUCAUCGCCCAAGAAGCCAAAGAUGCUGAUGUGGUAGUCCACCUAGCAGCUACGGGUCAUCUAAAAAGUGUCCAAACCAUCUACGAGGCUCUUUCGAGCAAGCAGGAGGGAUCAAAACCGCCCUACUACAUACAAAUCUCCGGCGCCAGUGCGUUGGCAGCAGGCGAACUUGCCGACAAGUCGUGGGUUUUUGGUACAGGUAAUGAUGUCAUCCACAAUGAUCUGGACGGCAUCGAUUCCAUCAAGUCGUACAUCAAGCAAUAUCCCAACCGCGCUGUCGACAACUACAUAUUUUCAGUCAGUGAACAACAGUCGUCUGUUAAGACUGCACUCGUCGUUCCUCCCAUCAUCUAUGGGCAAGGCCGCGGGCCCGGCAACCAGCGCAGCAUGCAAAUUCCCGACCUGGCCAAGGCGGUACUGGAACGCAAGCGGGGAGUUCAAGUCGGUUCUGGUGAGAGUCGAUGGGGCAAUAUUCAUAUCGCCGACUUGAGUCGCAUCUUUCUUCUGCUGGUUGAGAAGGCAGCCGAGGGUAACCAUGAUGAAGAUAUCUGGGGCGCAAACGGCGUUUUCUUUACUGGCGCAGGGGAGCUAUCAUUCGGCGAAAUUUCACGACGAGUAGCUGUCGCUGCUCGUGACUUCAAUCUAAUCCCGAGCGAAGGGGUGGACGAGGUCGGUGCCGAAGAAUUCGACCGCCUUGUUCCUCGCGGAUCUAUACUGCUGGGUACCAAUGCGCGUAGUGGCGCUCAAAGAGCAGAGCAGGUCCUCGGCUGGAAACCGGAGAACGAGAGUUUGGAAGAUCACAUUCCUCAGGCUGUCAUCAAAGAGGCUGAGGCACUCGGUAUGAAAGUUGAGCUUUGGAGAGGUUGA